AUGAAUCAGAGUAUAUUCAAGCUGAUCCCUUACAAUCUAUGCAAAACUUUAAAGGUGAGACUAGAAGAUGGUCAACAUAAGCCUUACGUUAACAAAUCCCUCUACGAUACUCUGCAUCAGCUGUUAAUCGAUGGACAAAUUAAAGAAGCAGAGAAGUUGAAAACUGAAUUCAAGAUACCAGAAAGGAGGUAUUGGUGGUCUAGAGUCCUUGCUCACUCACAGGCUGGCCACUGGGAAGAGCUGUCAAAUUUCUCAAAGAAUAAGAAGAAUCCAAUUGGGUUUGAGCCUUUUGUAGAUGCCUGCUUGAAAAAUGGAAAUAAAAGUGAGGCCCAGAAGUAUGCGAUGAAGGUAAAAGAUGAAAAUAAGGUGACAUAUCUCAUUAAAUGCGGACUCUUAGAGGAGGCAGUGAAGGUGGCACAGGAGCAGCGCAGUGCAUUGGGCUUGAGUGAGGUCCUGGCAGCAUGUGGCUCUCAGCACCAAGCUCUCCAGACGAAAAUCCAGGUGCUGCUCAGCGACUCCUCCUUGAGAAAUUGAUCGGGGAAGGACUAGCGCAAAAUAGGGAUUUUUGGAGGGGGAUGCAGGGAAAGGGGGGCAACUUUUGAUACUGUUUCAGAAAUCAUAAUAUGUUGGUAUGAAUUGAUUUGUGGCAUUGUUUUAAACAGAAGCCUUAUAGGGUAAUAGUUGUAAUUUGAUUUCAAUCACACACACACACACACACACACACACACACACACACACACACACACACACACACACACACACACACACACACACACACACACACACAUACACACACACACA